AGGGGGCGGCAACAACAACGACCCCGACGCGCACCUGCGGCUGUCCCUCGACGAGGUGCUGCCGCGCCUGGCGGACGCGGCGACGGAGAGGGUGGGCAGCCGGUUCCUCCUGAUGCGGCUGGGGUCGGACGCCACGGGCACCGACGAGGUCGACAAGAUCUUCAGGGAGGCCCUUCCGGCCUCCGCGAGGCUCGCAGGCGACCCCACCGCCGGCCCGGUGUUCCUGAAGCUCUUGGAGCGGGUGGCGGGCCACCAGCGCGUGGCCGUGGCCGACCGCCUCCGGGGCGAGGUCGCCGGGCUGAUCUCCGCCCGCCCCGGUGCGCUGGUGCUGCGGCAGUUGGUCGAGGGACUCCCCGAGGACUACGUCGCGCGCGUCCUGUCCGAGCUGCAGGGCCAGAUCCAGCAGUGCAUCGAGAGCGCGCACGGCACCCAGGUGGUGCAGGCCUGCAUCCAGCGCCUGCCCCCUGGGCAGCUGGAUUUCGUGGUCGAGGCCCUGAGCAGCAGCGCGGAGCGGAUGGUCUCGCACGUGUACGGGAGCCGGGUGCUGAGGCUCCUGUUCGAGCGCUGCCCGGACUGCAGGGCCAGCCUGGUCCUCGGGGUGUCGAAGGUGAACAAUUUGGGCUACGGUGAACCAUAUUUGGGCUACGGCGAACCAUAUUUGGGCUACGUUGAACCAUAUUUGGGCUACGCGUGCCCAAACGAGUGCAGGCGCGCAAAAAGUCAGCCGCCAUAUUUGGGCUACGGUGAUUCAUAUUUGGGCUACGGUGAACCAUAUGUGGGCUACGGUGAACCAAAUUUGGGCUACGGUGAACCAUAUUUGGGCUACGCGACCCUAGGUGGGUUCGCGGUCAAGGUGCUCGCGUACAGCGAAGACAUUCACCGUGAUCGGGUAUCCGAUCUAUACGUGCGUGCCCCCGCGAUCUCCCCGGACACCUAUGCCAUCAUCUCGUCCGACUGCAGCAUAGAGCGCGCGUGGUUGAACGAGCUCCUGUUUGUUCACCCUAGGGACAUGUCUCACGUUGCCUAUCACAUCCCUUCGAUGCACGGCUUCAUGAUGCCUCUGCUACAGGCUCGUGUCCUCACCGAGGUCGAUGAGGACUACCAGGUCCAGCAUUUGCAGGCCGUGGUCCCCGCUGCUCUGUCCGACAGCAUCUUCGAUUUCUUGUCCUAUGUCCGGACGCACCACUACAACGAAGAUCACGUUGACGGGGGGGCCAUUGCGAGGCCCGACGCUGACCAGAGGGACACGCUGAGGAACAUUUGCGAUCGGCUUCACGGCACUAUCUCGCAGGCAGCCGUCAAUGCUAUCCACGAGGUGUACUGGGAAGCGCCUAUGGUUGCCAUGUGCUGCGACGUUGCGCAGUCGCCCUCUAUGCUGAACCACGCUCCGGCUAUGCGAGCCAUGGGUAAGCGCGUGGCUCGGUUAUUCAAAAACAUGCGCUAUCGUGAUGGGAAUCUAUGCGCUGGAACCGUUGGGCAGCAGCCUCUGGGCAACCCUUCCGAGCGCGCCCCUCCGCUUGGUAUGUUGUAUUACCUAUGCAAGAACUUUCGGGCGUUUCACGUGCUGGCAGAGAGCAUCGCGCACUAUCUGCAGGGCGAGCGCACCGUACUCUCCGUUGCGUGUAUCGUGGACAUCAUGAAGGUGCACGGGUUCGGCCGCUAUCAUGGCCAGCUUUCGUACACGUCCGUUCGCUUCGCGCGUUCGAUCGUCCUGGCCGAUGGGCGUCAGCACGCAGAUUCGUCGUACGACUGGCGAGUGUUCCGUUCUAUGUCAUUCCACGUACGGAGGAAGAUCAUGAAAAGGGCGUUGUGGGAUCACGACACGGCUAUUCGUUUCCGAGAUGGCAUGCGCGAGCUCCUGUCACAGCCGCGUUACAACUUGCUGGAUCUCAUAGUGCAAUUGGCUUGGAUCUUGCUUGCUCGGCAGGCAACCGUCCCGCAAGGUCUUGGCCCCGGCUGCGGGGGCCUGCUGCUUGAAGCCUGCAGCGCUGCCAACGGCUCAGGGCAGGCAGUCUUCAAGGACAUGGAAGACGGCAGCGUCAUACAGCGCAGCCAAUUGAUCUGA